AUGUAUUCUGAAUUUCACCUGCAGCGUUCUGCUUCUUUGGAAUCUGCCUCUCCACUUCCCAAUUUAUCCUGCCUGAAUGAACAACAAACAGCUGCAUUCCAUUUGGUAGUUGAUUCUGUUAUCUCGCCUGUACCGGAUGCUGGCCAUUUCUACUUUCUGUAUGGACAUGGAGGAACUGGCAAAACUUUCCUCUACAAGACAAUUCUUGCACACCUUAAGAAACUUGGCAAAAUUGUCCUUGUGGUCGCUUCUUCCGGUAUUGCUGCAACUCUCCUUCCAGAUGCAUCCACUGCGCAUUCUCGGUUUAAGAUACCAUUGGAAAUUGAUCAAGCUUCUUCAUGCAACAUAAAGAAAGGUACGCAGCUUGCUCAGUUAAUACUCGAUGCAUCUCUUAUUAUAUGGGAUGAAGCACCGAUGGUGCAUCGCUUAUCGUUUGAAGCAGUCGAUCGUGCUUUUUGUGAUAUCAUGAAUGUACCUUUUACUGGGAUUCAUUACCGACCAUUUGGAGGGAAAGUCAUGCUGUUGGGGGGCGAUUUCCGACAGACACUUCCGAUUGUAGCUGAUGCUGGGAGAGAGGAAAGUGUUGAUGCAUCUUUAACUUGCUCUUACUUAUGGAGUACCUGUACUGUUCUCCAAUUAACAGAAAACAUGCGCAUCACAACUUCUGCUGGAAAUGAAUCCGUUACGUUCAAUGGGAUGGACUUCGCAACAUGGACUCUUGCUGUGGGUAAUGGAACAGUACCAGGGAAGUGUUUCCACCAAAAUCAGCCGGCUGACUGGAUAGAGAUUCCAGAACAAUUAUUGAUUUCUGCAACUGAAGCACCUAUUCAGACAAUGGCUUCUGAAAUUUACACUGAUUUUGCAGCUCGCUUUCACAGUGCUGCAUACUUAACUGAGCGCUCCAUAAUUACACCGACCAAUCGGAAUGUGACAGAGAUCAAUUCCCAUAUGCUUGCAUUGGUUCCAGGUCAAGUGCGUACUUAUUUCAGCAGUGACACUUUACACACUGAUGCAGUUGAUCCAUCUUGGCUCGAAGCAGAAUACCCCACGGAAUUUCUUAACGGUUUAUCCUUCAAUGGAUGUCCUGAACACCAGAUUGAUUUGAAGGUAUUCACACCGAUCAUGCUGCUUAGAAACUUGAAUCCAGAAAUAGGAUUAUGCAAUGGAACCCGUCUUAUGGUCGUUUAUCUAGGUCAUUAUGUGAUCAAAGGAGUUAUUAUGGGUGGGACAUUCAACGGCAAGACUGUUGCAAUACCAAGAAUUGUUCUGAAUAUCAAUGACCGACGUUGGCCAUUUGUUCUUAAGCGGCGACAAUUCCCUGUCAGACUUUGCUAUGCCAUGACGAUAAACAAGAGCCAAGGCCAGACGCUAAUUAGUGUUGGUGUGUAUCUUCCAAAACCUGUUUUCAGUCAUGGGCAAUUGUAUGUGGCUGUAUCACGUGUCAGAUCAGCUAAUGGCCUGCGAUUCCUUAUUGUGAACGAAGAUGACAUUCCAGCCAAUUAUACUCGCAAUAUCGUUUACGAAGAAGCAUUUGCAGAUCUACAACUUUCUGGAGAUUUUGACCUGAACUUUCCUUAG